GCGGGUGUGCGCAUGCGCAGAGCGAGUAGGAAAACUUCCUGCAAAAUAGUGAUCCUAACAACAGACAAAGCUUGACAGUGUGGAUGGAAUAGAAGACGAUUCUAUAAAAGGCACAGCGAUUAUCCCACUUGAUGCAGGGUCACGGCAGCGGUCGCAGGCCCAGAGAGCAGUAGGAGGAACCAGGGGCUCCAUGUCGGCUCACCCCCCUGCAGAGAUGGACGGCCCGCCGGAGCUGACCGAGCUGCCGUCAAAGAAGGCCAAGCUUGAUAUGGACGAUAGACUGGAGAAGGCAACACGGAACCUGGCUGAGGAUGGCAGCCCCCAGAACACAUACCCGGCCUUGACGGCAGUCCGCGACCAAGGGCAACCAGACCAGCAGAGUGCCUUAGCCCCGCAAGCAUGCAGUGACCCCAUGAACUCCUAUGCACAUUCUGUCGGACCGUGCAAAGACCCUGAUACCACAGUUGUAUCUGAAUACUCCCAGAUGUACCAAGACAACAACCCCGCAGUGACCUCCUACGGCAACCAGGCGGCGUUCUCUCCCCUGGCCCAGUCUAGCGUGUACUCCUUCCCCCAGGCAGGCCAGACCUACGGGCUCCCACCGUUUGGUGCUAUGUGGCCAGGCAUAAAAACAGAGACAGGGCUGCCUGAGGCGCCCUCUGUUGGUCAGCCGGGGUUUCUCAGCUUCAGCAGCGCAUACACGUCCACGCAGUCCGGCCAGCUUCACUAUUCCUACCCCAGCCAAGGCUCAAGCUUCACCACGGCCAGUGUUUACUCCAACAUCCCCGCUACCACGGCCAGCACUGUCCCCGCCCCAGCGCCCAAUCAGGAGUUCAGCAGCUACUCCUCGCUGGGACCCCAGGCCCAGUUCUCCCAGUACUACGCGCCCCUGCCGGGCUACGCGCCCCCCGGCCUGCCCAGCGGCGACAGUCACGGUGCGGGCGUGGCCGGCUACCCGGCCGUCAAGUCGGAGAGCGCCGUGUCCGCCGGGCUGCCCAGCAACACCGACGCCCCCCCGCAGGAGAACCUCCCGCCGGGCAUCGCCCUGCCGGCCGGGCUGGCCCUCCCCACGGGCGCCCGGGAGCUGGAGGACGCGGGCCGCAGGAACUCUGUGGGGAAGGCCAAAGGCAAGGCCAAGAAGCCCGACGGAUGCCCCUCCACGGACUCGGACCUGGAGCGGGUCUUUCUGUGGGACCUUGACGAGACCAUCAUCAUAUUCCACUCGCUUCUCACCGGCUCCUUCGCACAGAAGUUCGGCAAGGACCCAGCCACUGUGCUGAACCUGGGCCUUCAGAUGGAGGAGCUGAUCUUUGAACUGGCCGACACACACCUGUUCUUCAACGACCUGGAGGAGUGUGACCAGGUCCACGUGGAAGACGUGGCGUCCGACGACAACGGACAGGACCUCAGUAACUAUAACUUCCUGGCCGACGGCUUCAGCGGCUCCAGUGGGGGGGGCGGGGGCUCCGGGCCCGCCGGCGUCCCCGGUGGCGUGGAGUGGAUGCGCAAGCUAGCCUUCCGCUACCGCCGGCUAAAGGAGAUCUACAACGCCUACAAGACCAACGUCGGAGGCCUGCUGAGUCCUAUGAAGAGGGAUCUUCUGCUGAGGCUUCAGUCCGAGAUCGAGGACGUGACGGACGCCUGGCUCAGCACGGCCCUCAAGUCCCUGCUGCUGAUCCAGUCCAGGGGGAAGUGUCUGAACAUCCUGGUCACCACCACCCAGCUGGUGCCGGCCCUGGCCAAGGUGUUGCUCUACGGCCUGGGAGAGGUCUUCUCCAUCGACACCAUCUACAGCGCCACCAAAAUAGGGAAGGAGAGCUGCUUCGAGAGGAUCGUCUCGCGCUUCGGCAAGAAGGUGACCUACGUGGUGAUCGGGGACGGCCGCGACGAGGAGUUUGCCGCCAAACAGCACAACAUGCCUUUCUGGAGGAUCUCCACCCACGGGGACCUGGUGUCCCUGCACCAGGCGCUGGAGCUGGACUUCCUGUAGACGGUGGCGACAGGGGUUCAGAGGUCAGCGGAGAUGCCUCCCCCCCCCCGCCUCUAUCAAAUCACCCACCCACCAACCCUCAACCAACCUCCACUAUACAACAUUUAUCUCCUCUUUUUGUUUUUCUUUUGUUGUUUUUGUUGUUUUUUGUUCCGUACUACCGCGGUAACGGGCCCGCCCUCAGCCUGGAGUUUUGCUGGGGGGGGGGCAACGUUUGGACGCUUUGGUGGGACUGGAUGGAUGACCCUUGACCUGUAUGGCAGCUAAACGCUCAAACAAGCUGGAACUGGCACUGACUGGCACACCAAGAAGGACUCUCUCUCACACUCACCCUCAAUGUCUGUGUGUCUCUCUCUGUCUCUCUCUGUCUCACACACUCACUCCCCAUCAUCGCUCUCUCUCGCCUGAGGAAACGCCACCCUGGCUCCUCUGAUGAUUUAAGGUGGGGGGGGGGGGGGGGGGGCUAGUGGUAGUCCCCAACCAAGCCGACGUUCUGAGGUCGCGUCGUUGCACUCAUUCCAAAGCUUGAACGCAUGCAUGUUGUUUUUUUGUUUUUUCGUUUUAUCUCAGCGUUGCAAUGCAGUCACUCCUUGUGGUCCGUCGGACAUAAACAUUUUCAUGGACGUUUUUCGAAGACGCCAUCGGUCUGGUCCUCUCCAAAGGUACUUCCUGGUUCACUGGACUGGCUCGGCUGACGCUGACCACGUGACCGUGACGUGUGGUCGGGUCUGGUCUUGGACUCUGACGAUGGAAGCAACUGGCCUUCCCCUACUCGCACUUCCUGAGACUGCGAUGAAGAGAUAAAAAAAAAUAGUACCCAGCGCAUGCUUUCUGACAAAAAUCCCCCUGACCGCCGCUCAGCCCCUAGUGUCUGAGCGGAGAAGUCAGACGUGGAAGGGAAAACGCUGUGUCACCGUUUGUUCUAGAACUAGCUGUUGCCUCGGGAGGGUGCUGACGAAUGUAAACACCCUUCUAUCAAACGUCCACCAUGCUGUAUGGUUUCUUCUUCUUCUUCUUCUGUUCAGACCACAUCACCACAAUGCAAUCCCCCUCGCAUCAGAAUUCCACUUCCUGUUUCCUGUGCACGAGGCCUGUCCACCUAUUCUGCAGACUUGGCUGUAGAACCGGCCCCCUGGCGUGGCCCCUAAGUGACCUUUGGUGACCUAUGAGGCGUAUUGUAUUGAACAGGUGUGCGGACAGGGGCUUCAUGGCAGUUUUCUGAUGGCAUACUGUGUGAUGUGACCCCUUCUUGACAAAACAUUCUCACCAAUGGGGUUCCUAUGCUCCCUGUUCCCAUGAUGACCAUAAUUAUCACUCUAUAGUCCAUUGCAUUCUGUAUAUAACUUUGUUCAGCAAGAAUUGUUAUAAUGGCAGGUGGUGUUGUUCCCUUAAAGGAUCCACACAGAGAAACGCUGGAGUUGAAUUGAUGUUGAAGCACCCUCCUAAUUAAAAGGGGAUUCAUUAUGCCUACCUGACAAUACUUUAAAUCAUUUGCUUGAAUAAAUCUGUGGUUCUCAUGUAACCCAUGAACCACCUAUGAAACCCUCAGAUCGGAGUACUGGCACAUAGAAACCGAUUGGUUGAUUCGCGGCCUCCUACCAAAACGCGUGGUUGUUUCGCCGAACCUGGUCGUCGCAGUCAUCGGUCGGUCACAUCGCAUCCCACAACGGACUCAGGACAUGAGGGGGGGGGGGGGGGGGGGGGAAGACUGUGCAAUACAUGGAGUAGAUGACAUGCUCGUUAACCAAUCAGAGACUGAGGGUGGAUUAUGACUGAAUUUAGAUGAGCCUGGUUUCACAUGUACACACAUGCAGCUUUGACCAAUAAGAAUGUUUUCGGUGUGUUCUGUUUUAUUUUUUUGUCUUUUCUUUUGUUUUGUGUAUUUAUAUUGUGCCUUUUUAACCAGUGAUUGUACACUCUGUAAUCUCAAAAAAGGGAACUAUCAACAUGUUUAUUAUCCAAAGUGUUCUUUUGCCUUUUUAACUAUAUGUUUUUACUAUAUAUAGAUCUAUAUCUAUAUAUAGAUAUAGAUCUAUAUAGAUGUAUAUAAAAAAAUGAAUGAUGUUCAUUUCUGCGAAGGCUUACACUUCAGCAACUUGACAUGUUUGAAAGACAAAAUAAUAAUUGCUGUUACAUAGUUCUGUCUGAUUAUUCCGUUUAUUUUUCUGAUCUGAUGUCUUUUGGUAGUGUUGUUACUUAUGGAAACAGUCGUCAUCAUAUUACAAAACCAUAAUCUUUUGGGACGAUUCAUCGUAAUGAAUCAUCACAAAUGUCGACUGAUCCUCUUGACGUCAUCUUUCAGAGAUUUAGGUUACUUCUGAAUGAAAACUUUGCGAUGAAAUUCUCAACUGUCAAAAUACUAGUUACUUUGCGGCCAGAACACGUGCACCUGUGAGCACGGCCUGGAGACGAUCAACGGGGAACACGAUAAUCCUUCACAGCAUACUCGGAUGCAUUCGGUACGGACCCACUCUUGAGUGAAUGUGUAACUGAAAUAUUGUACUACCUAAAAGGAGGUAAAGGGAAUUCCCAUUACCCUGAAUUUCCCUCAAUCAUGUGGUGGGUGGGGGGGGAAAUCACAAAUCAAGUUACAUCCCUUUUUUUGUUUUAUUGUCUACUCUGAGGAAGGAAUAGGCGACCAUACCGCAACAUUUUCGAAUGAAUUGUUGGACUUCUGCUUUGCUUCAUGUCCGAUUCAGAGUCUCAUUGUGGCUCUGAUGCACAAUGUCUUUUCAGGAGUGAAAUCACUUCAUAUUUAAUUUUUUCCUUUUUCAAUGCCAAAGACUAUGUAUUUUUAAACUGCAACCUUUCCACUUUCUUUUUUUAUUUUAUUUUCAUCUCAUCGCUCCGACCGGUGUUGUGGUGUCAGCGAGCGUACCGCGGUGGGCUCGGCACACGGCUUAAAGUCGUCAGGGUCAUUUACAUUAUCACUGUUUGUGGACAUCGCGUACCGUUACAGUGGCAUCGAGACACUGCAUAUUAACCAUGAGGUCCCCCUGCUGUGGUCUGUACACACUCCCUGCAAUGUAAAUAAAUUAUCAAAAAAUGUAAAGAAACAUUCAUGUUUAACGGUUUCUUCAUUGUUCUUUUUAUUAUGUACUGUACAUGGCCAUUUUUAAAUUAAUAGAGAAAGGUACCGGUACUCACAAUUGGAACAAGGUGUGUGUGUGUGUGUGUGUGUGUGUGUGUGUGUGUGUGUGUGUGUGUGUGUGUGUGUGUGUGUGUGUGUGUGUGUGUGUGUGUGUGUGUGUGUGUGUGUGUGUGUGUGUGUGUGUGUGUGUGUGUGUGUGUGUGUGUGUGUGUGUGUGUGUGUGUGUGUGUGUGCGCGCGCGCACACACAUGUUGAGCCUUCAUCUUUCCAAGGCUGAGCAAAUACUGUCAAAGAAGAAGCGAUAUUACAAGUACAAAAGGUGUGUACAAAACUGUGCAUGUGCUGUACUCUGAAUGGGGAAGGAGAUCAGAUAUAAAUUGGUGAAGGGACGAACGCAGUUCCACGCCCUGGCUAAACAUAAAUUCUUAUGAAUGAAGUGCAGAACUGAUCCUUGACCAGGGAAAGAUGGGUUGGACGAUGACCUGAUAUGGAU